GUUUGUGUAAUGAUUUGUGUUUGUGUGUAAUGAUUUGUGUUUGUGUGAUGAUUUCAUCAGGCCAGCAUGUGUGUAAAGUUGAUCGUGGAAGCCCCUGCUAUAAGCUGGCAUAUUUCUCUGACCCUGGGCGCCGGCUAAGCUUCCUGGAGGCAGAGCUAGCAUGUCGCAGUGAUGGCGGGGAGCUGCUGAGCAUUGAGUCACCGAAUGAGCAGCGAAAAAUACAGCAGCUAAUCACAGAGCUCCGCCCCUCCGAUGGAGACUUCUGGAUCGGCCUGAGGCGUCACCAUGGAGACACAGAGAGCGUUGACGACUGUCCAUCACUGUACUACUGGACCGACGGGAGCCAAGCCUCCUUCAGGAACUGGCACUGGGAUGAACCAUCGUGUGGAAACGAGGUGUGUGUGGUGAUGUACCACCAGCCAUCUGCCCCCCCCGGCCUGGGAGGACUCUACAUGUUCCACUGGAAUGAUGACAACUGUGACACCAAGAACAACUUCAUCUGCAAGUAUACUGCAGAGAAGGCUGGAGGCUCCGCCCCCAACACUACCCAACCAGACGCCCCUCCCCCAUCCCUGUCACCGCUGAACCCGACCUUUGACCCUGAAGAGAAGAAAUCAUCCACAGCUCUGAACGUUGUUUACAUCAUCCUUCCCACCAUCCCGCUGCUGCUCCUGUUACUUAUUGGAAUUGGAGUCUGUUGUUUUAAGCUGCUGGCUCAACGGAAGAAACAGAGUGAACAGCAGACAGAGGUGUGUCCUAAUGACCAAGGGUAUGGUCCAAGCCCCGCCCAGCCACCUGAUGUCUACAACGUGAUUCGCUCCCAGCAGGAGGCCGACCUGGCUGGGACACGUCCCCAAACCAAGAACACUUCCUUCUUAGGCUCUUCCCCUGACACGCCCCCCGGUGACUAUGACAACCUGGGCGGUCUGCGAGACACAGAAAGUGGUUUUGUCACUCUGGCCAGUACAGACAGCAACUUCCUGUUGACCUCUGAACUAUACGACCUUAGUCUGGGAAGACGCCAAUGUAACCCAGACAGUUACCACAAUAGUCUGAGUCGUCAUGGUAACAGGGAGGUAUAUAACAGUCUGGGUCGCCAUGGUAAUAAGGAGGUUUACAACAACAGUUUGGGUCGCCAUGGUAAUAAGGAGGUUUACAACAACAGUUUGGGUCGCCAUUGUAACAAAGUGCACAACAACAGUCUGGGUCAUCAAGGUAACAUGGAGAUGUAUGCCAACAGUCUGGAUCACCAGGGCAACGGAGAGACAUAUAAAAGGCUGUAUCAGCAGGGCAACUUGAUAAACAAUAGUGAGCUUUACAACAACACUCACUGUGGAGACAGUCUUUACCAAACCGGUCUGGAUCGCUACGGUAACUCUGAAUCAUAUCAGAGAAGCCUGGAUCGUCAUGGCAAAGAUGCCAGUGUAGAUCGCUAUGGAAAGGAGACCACUUUGGAUUACUAUGGCAACGAGGGUGGUCUGGGUGGGAGGUACUACAGAGAGUGGCUGGACAGUGACAGCUACUGAAUGUGUGUGUCCAACUGUGUGUGUAUGCGACUGUGUGUGUGUGUGUGCAUGGCCAUGUUAUGCUGCCCUUCCCUAAGGGGUCAUUGUCAGGUCAUGAACUUUGACCCUAGCUGUGCCUGAGAUACCAAAGCCACGCACU